GUCCUCCCAGCUUGCGCCGCAGCCGCGAGAUCCGCGUUUCUCGCAAGAUGGUGGUGCUGGGCUCGGGGUGACUACGGGAGACGACAGGGCCCUUUCCCCCCACCAGGAUCCCGACACCCCGCAAUUCGCUCGCUCACGCACUCUGCAGCUGCGUAGCCAGCCGCCGGCCCCGGCGCCUGCCACCCGCCCCCGCCUCCCGACUUGGCGUUUCACCUCUGUCGAUCCAGCACUCUUGGCCGCGGGCGGCGGUGCCUCCCUCGGCACCUCUUCGGGGCCCUGCUCGGAGCCGCUCGCGGCCUAGCUCCAGCCAGGCGGGCUCCGCAGCCCGGUUUGGAUAGACAGCGGCGGAGCGUUGGCUGUAGAAAAGCGCGGGGUCCUUGGCGGCCCCGGCGCACCCUAGGUUGGCCUUGUGGUCUCUGGAGAAGGAAGCGCGGGUCCCGCAUGAGCCCCGGCAGUGGCGGCAGCGAUCGACAACGAGGCGGUGGCGGGCGGAGGCGGCGGGCGAGGGCGAGGACGACCAGCGAAGCGGCCUCUGCUGCGAGGACCGCAGCCCAGGCGCGGGGGCGACCGCAGGUUAAAAAUCUGUAAGAGCCUGAUUUAGAAUUCACCAGCUCAUCAGAAGUUUGGCGAACUAUGAGUUAUUAAGCCCACGGUCAGAUCAAGUUAGCAGCUAGACUGGUGUGACAACCUGUUUUUAAUCAGUGACUCAAAGCUGUGAUCACCCUGAUGUCACCGAAUGGCCACAGCUUGUAAAAGAGAGUUACAGUGGAGGUAAAAGGAGUGGCUUGCAGGAUGGAGAAGCUGCACCAAGUAUUUUUGGAAAUCACCCGGAGAACCUCAGUCAGACGACAUUGAAGCUAGCCGAAUGAAGCGAGCAGCUGCAAAGCAUCUAAUAGAACGCUACUACCACCAGUUAACUGAGGGCUGUGGAAAUGAGGUCUGCACGAAUGAGUUUUGUGCUUCCUGUCCAACUUUUCUUCGUAUGGAUAACAAUGCAGCAGCUAUUAAAGCCCUCGAGCUUUAUAAGAUUAAUGCAAAACUCUGUGAUCCUCAUCCCUCCAAGAAAGGAGCAAGCUCAGCUUACCUUGAAAACAACUCGAAAGGUGCCCAUAACAACUCCUGCACUGACAUAAAAAUGAACAAGAAAGAAGGACAAGGAGCUAGAGAUGAUUUUAAAGAUGUGACUUACCUAACAGAAGAGAAGGUAUAUGAAAUUCUUGAAUUGUGUAGAGAGAAAGAGGAUUAUUCUCCUUUAAUCCGGGUUAUUGGAAGAGUCUUUUCUAGUGCUGAGGCAUUGGUUCAGAGCUUUCGAAAAGUCAAACAACACACCAAGGAAGAACUGAAAUCACUUCAAGGUAAAGAUGAAGACAAGGAUGAAGAUGAAAAGGAAAAAGCUGCAUGUUCUGCUGCUAUGGAAGAAGAUUCAGAAGCAUCCUCCUCAAGGAUAGGUGAUAACUCAGAAGGAGAUAACAACUUACAAAAAUUAGGCCCUGAUGAUGUAUCUGUGGAUAUUGAUGCUAUUAGAAGGGUCUACACUAGAUUGCUUUCAAAUGAAAAAAUAGAAACUGCCUUUCUUAAUGCACUUGUAUACUUGUCACCUAAUGUGGAAUGUGACUUGACCUAUCAUAAUGUAUAUUCCCGAGAUCCUAAUUAUCUGAAUUUGUUCAUUAUUGUAAUGGAGAAUGGAAAUCUCCAUAGUCCUGAAUAUCUGGAGAUGGCAUUGCCAUUGUUUUGCAAAGCAAUGAGCAAACUCCCCCUUGCAGCCCAAGGAAAACUAGUUAGACUGUGGUCUAAAUACAGUGCAGACCAGAUUCGGAGAAUGAUGGAAACAUUUCAGCAACUUAUUACUUACAAAGUCAUAAGCAAUGAAUUUAACAAUCGAAAUCUAGUGAAUGAUGAUGAUGCCAUUGUUGCUGCUUCAAAGUGCUUGAAAAUGGUUUACUAUGCAAAUGUAGUAGGAGGGGAAGUGGACACAAAUCACAAUGAAGAAGAUGAUGAAGAGCCUAUCCCAGAAUCCAGUGAAUUGACCCUUCAGGAGCUGUUGGGAGAGGAAAGAAGAAACAAGAAAGGUCCUCGAGUAGACCCACUGGAAACUGAACUUGGUGUUAAAACUCUAGAUUGUCGAAAACCACUUAUCCCUUUUGAAGAGUUUAUUAAUGAACCACUCAAUGAUGUUCUAGAAAUGGAUAAAGAUUAUACUUUUUUCAAAGUAGAAACAGAAAACAAAUUCUCUUUUAUGACAUGUCCCUUUAUAUUAAAUGCUGUCACGAAGAAUUUGGGAUUAUAUUAUGACAAUAGAAUUCGCAUGUACAGUGAACGAAGAAUCACUGUUCUCUACAGUUUAGUUCAAGGACAGCAGUUGAACCCAUAUUUGAGACUCAAAGUCAGACGUGAUCAUAUCAUAGAUGAUGCACUUGUCCGGCUAGAGAUGAUCGCUAUGGAAAAUCCUGCAGACUUGAAGAAACAACUGUAUGUGGAAUUUGAAGGAGAACAAGGAGUUGAUGAGGGAGGUGUUUCCAAAGAAUUCUUUCAGCUGGUUGUGGAAGAAAUUUUCAAUCCAGAUAUUGGUAUGUUCACAUAUGAUGAAUCUACGAAAUUGUUUUGGUUUAAUCCAUCUUCUUUUGAAACUGAGGGUCAGUUUACUCUGAUUGGCAUAGUACUGGGUCUGGCUAUUUAUAAUAACUGUAUAUUGGAUGUACAUUUUCCCAUGGUUGUCUACAGGAAGCUAAUGGGGAAAAAAGGAACUUUUCGUGACUUGGGAGACUCUCACCCAGUUCUAUAUCAGAGUCUAAAAGAUUUAUUGGAGUAUGAAGGAAAUGUGGAAGAUGACAUGAUGAUCACUUUCCAGAUAUCUCAGACAGACCUUUUUGGUAAUCCAAUGAUGUAUGAUCUAAAGGAAAAUGGUGAUAAAAUUCCAAUUACAAAUGAAAACAGGAAGGAAUUUGUCAGUCUCUAUUCUGACUACAUUCUCAAUAAAUCAGUAGAAAAACAGUUCAAAGCCUUUCGGAGAGGUUUUCAUAUGGUGACCAAUGAAUCUCCCUUAAAGUACUUAUUCAGACCAGAGGAAAUUGAAUUGCUUAUUUGUGGAAGCCGGAAUCUAGAUUUCCAAGCACUAGAAGAAACUACAGAAUAUGAUGGUGGCUAUACCAGGGACUCUGUUUUGAUUAGGGAGUUCUGGGAAAUUGUUCAUUCAUUCACAGAUGAGCAGAAAAGACUGUUCUUGCAGUUUACAACUGGCACAGACAGAGCACCAGUGGGAGGACUAGGAAAAUUAAAGAUGAUCAUAGCCAAAAAUGGCCCAGACACAGAAAGGUUACCUACAUCUCAUACUUGCUUUAAUGUCCUUUUACUUCCGGAAUACUCAAGCAAAGAAAAACUUAAAGAGAGAUUAUUGAAGGCCAUCACAUAUGCCAAAGGAUUUGGCAUGCUGUAAAA